AUGGACCUCACAAAACCGGGUGAAGAUUCGGAGACAUACUUCAGGAGCAGAUAUCGACACAUUAUCGGCGUUACGGUGCAACUGUUCAAGCUACAGGGAGUUGUUUGGAGCGAACUGAGUCGGGACUAUGUCAUGCUGCAUAUGUAUUUCGAUAUGCACGAUAUGCAGACGAAAUUGACAGCUGUCGAUGGCAUUAAGUUUAGUAGUUUUUUUCUCGAUUUAUUGCGUAUCGCCUUGGAUUAUGCGAUUGUUCGGCACCCGUUUCUACAGUUUUUUGUUUGUUUGAUUUUUACUCCGAUCAAUUUUUUAAUAUUUUCCGAGCAUUGUACUGAACCCCUCCAAUUCAACAUCCACCUGCCGGCUGAGUUGUUUCGGAAGCUAGAAUUGAUUGUUGUCAAAAUUGGUGAUAAUGAUGAUGAGCUAGGAAUUGGUGAUGAUGACGAGCUACAAUAUGUGAUCACGCCGGAUCUUCAGCUGAAACGACCAACCAAAAAAUUUGUGCAUUUUGUGAGGACCGCUGAUCCCAGAUUCGAAAUGUGUGGUUUUGGUUUCCACAGUGUCAGUGACCUUACUGACUUGAUUGCAAUUCACAGUCAUCCUCCGAAACGCGCCCAAGAUUUUCGAAAGAAAUUUGAUCACUUUUUAGUAGCACGCAACCAACCGACUUUACAGCAACUUUUAGCACCCGAAAAGCGGCCGGUACCGCUUUUUUCAUUGGAAGAUUCACCAUGGCGAGAACCAGUACCAGGAACCAUGUCCAGUGAUGAUGAUGGUGAUGGUGACGAAGAAGUGAACGCUGUUGUCUCAUGUUUAGCAGACUCUUUCAUCACUGUUCCUCCAACUUUGAAACACGUAAGUCCAGAAUACAAGCCAGUGAUCCAGUGCCACUUCUCCGGAUCGCUUCGCGAAUAA